AGGCACACGUGCGACACGCAGUUCCACUCAAAUAAUAAUUCUUCAGUGUAAAUUGCAAGAAAAACUGUUUUAAUAAGCUUAUUUUGAUAGUUGUAUGCUUGUUUUAAGAGAUGCCAGUCGAGGAUAAAUCAGAGGAGAUCGAUUCUCCGAAAAAAACGCGAGGUGGGAAAGUAGCAGUUAAGACGGAAAAUAUUUCGCCAAGCGAGCAAUCUGGAACUCCUGCAAGACGAGUCACUCGUCGAACAUCACAACUCGAUGACAACAACGAUGACGAAGUAGUGGCAUCGCCUGCUAUUGGUACACGACGCAGCACACGAACACGCAAAAACACGACAGAUGAGGCAGUUGACACUCCUGGACGUCGCAAUACGCGACGCACAUCGGUAGAACCAGCAGCUCCCGCCCAAGUUGGAACACCGCAACGGCGAACAACCCGCGCAUCCAGCAUUCAAUCCGAAGACGGAAAUUCUUCUGCGGUUCCGGGUCAAAAACAACCAACACAAGCCACAAUCCAGGAGGAAGAUUUGCCAGUGGGUCGUCGAACCAGAGCUUCCAGUGUCACAUCAGAUGAUGGCAGUGUUGCAAAUGCGGCGACACCAAAGAAACGAGGUCGCAAAAGUUUGGCAGCAAAUGUCAAAAUCAUCGAGCCUGUCAUCGAAGAAAUUGAGGAGAAUCACAGUCCUUCCCGGCCAACCACACGUUCAAUGUCAAAUUCGCCUGCAAAUGUUUCCGAAAAGACAUCUUCGCCACUGAAACCAAAGUCACCGCUUGUGACAAAGACACCCGAGGUCAUCAAAGAGGAAGAUAAUGCAGACGAAACAAUCAAAACUAUCGCAAAAGACAUCAGUCAAAAGUUAUCGAAUGACAUGCUAGAGUCGCCUGACAUGUUUUCAUCGCCUGCUGCGUCGAAGACAAAGAAUGAUAAUUCGUUGCUGUUGUCUUCUGGAAAGAAAAAUGCAAACACUCCAGACCGAUCGGUUGUUGAGCCAAUGACACCCAACGGAAAAACGCCAAAAAGUUCCAAAAACACUCCAACAUCAGCGGCUAAACAACAAACUCCGAAGACUCAAACUCCAGCAUCUGCGGUUAAGCAACAAACUCCAGCAUCUUCGAUUAAGCAACAAACGCCGAAGGUUCAAACUCCAGCAUCUGCGGUUAAGCAGCAAACACCAACUUCAGCGGCUAAGCAACAAACUCCAAAGGUUCAAACUCCAGCAUCUUCUGGUAAACAGCAGACGCCUACAUCCAACAAAAAGUCGCCAAGUACUCCCGCAUCGUCGAAAAAUGCAUCGGUUGCCUUCAUUCCAACUCCGUUUCCGACAAAGGAACAAGUCGAGAGCAAAGAGGCCUUCUCAAAGUCUUGGAGUCAACCGGUCUUUGGAAGUUCCGCCUCGAAAAUCGAUAAUAGUGGCAGCAAAAAGAUUCAACGAGCCAGUAUGGGUGCAAUUAAAGUACAAACGAUGCAAGUGUCAAGCAGUUCGGACGAUUCCGAUGACGACGAUGUGCCCAAGAAUUCGGUUUUUGCCGAUGAAGAGGUCAUUGUCACCAAAGGGUACGAAUCUGGCGAUUCAAUGAAUGACGAGGAAAAAGAAGUGGCAGACGAAAAUCGAAUGCAUGAAGAGUUAGGAGAGGAACUUGGAUCCGAAGACUCGGAAUCGCCUGACGAAGACGAAGAUUAUGACAAAGAUUCCUUCAUCGCAUCCGAAGGAGAACAGGAACUUCUUAGUUACAGUGACGACGAUGAGCAUUUAGACGAUUCCAAGAGUCCACGAGUGAAAAAGACGGCACGUAAAUCCGCUCCUGGCAGAUUGGUGUUGGACAGUUCCGAUGAAUCCGACGACGAAGUCAACGUUUCGAAAAAAGUUCAAAGCGAAAAGAAAGUACAAAAGCGCGCUUCCUUAGAUAAAUCGCCAAAAGCUUCGAAAAAUACUUUAUUCGAGAUCAAAUCGGGUGGCAACGAAGAAGAAACCGAUGAUAAUUCCGUUCCAGACACAGAAGUUGACGAGGAGCCUAUGGAUGUUGAUGAAACACUCGCUUUGGACGUUUCGUUGAAACAAAAUCGCUCUCUCAAGGUUGUCCAAUCAUCCGGAUCUGAAAUAGAACUACCAAAAGCCACUGCUGAGCAAAUCGCCGCUGCCAAAAAUAGUCUUAUCAAUGCAGCACGGAAGAUUCGUCCCAACAUCAAGCCCGCUGUUCCAACCAUCGUCGAAAAAGUUGAAUCUGAACUUGCAGAAACGGAAGAUUGCUCGACUGAUGACGAAAAGGCUGCCAAUCAAAGCAUGAAUCAGACCAUGAAAGAAUAUUCUUCGGACACCGAUUCUUUGGAAGAUCCAUUGGACCAAAGUCUAACAAAUGAGACAGAAAGUGCCAAACGUAAACGUCGUCGUACAGGAUCACUAGACGAAUCAGUCGCGCAGCCAGUUAAGAGAACCAAAUUGAAUGUCAGUCUUGUGUCGGAGGAAAAAUUGGACACGAUUUUGGAGAAAUGCAACGAAAUUCUCAGGAGCAAGAAGGAGGAAAAGAAAAAGAACAAACUGAUUCACAAAAAAGAAAAGGAGGAGAAGAAGAAAAGAAAGGAGCUGGCGAAGCAAAAAGAAGAAGAAGAGGGAUCCGAUGAAGGCCACGAUGAGUCUCUCAAGAAGAAAAAGAAGAAGCAAAAGAUUGGUCGCAAAUACAACAAGGAUAUUGAAGAGUCAACAUCGACCAAGCAAGAAGAAAUCUCGCAAGCCGUAAAGCGCAGCCAGGAGAUCCUCGAAAAGAAGCGUGAACGCAAACGAUUGAAGAAACAAGCAAAACUUGAAAAGGCCAAGGAAGAAGGAAUCGAUUUGACCAAGAAGCCCAAAAACGACAAAGAGAAUUUAUCGAAUAACAAACACGAAAAGCAAGAUGAAAAACCCAAGAAGCCCAAAACUCUCUUGACCGCAUUCGAGGUGAAGCAACAACUUUUGCAACAACAAGAAUCCACAGGUGUCGAGAACGGUGUAAAGGAAAAACGUGACAAAAACAAGUCGAAGAAAGAUGAAGUUGUUGCUGUGAAAGCGGUUCCGGACAAGGAAAACAGCAACAUUGAUGACGCAAAGCAAAAGAAAAAGAAGAAGACGAAGAAAGUGUUGGAACCCGUUCAAGAAUCCAAUCACAGUGACGGUUCUCCCACAUCUCCACCGGCAAAGAAACGCAUGCUGAGCAUCCUGAAUCCCAAAGGAUCUUUGAACAAACAAGGAUUUGUUGUGGAUCCCGUUACGCCCGACCUUGAACGCUUGAAACGCAAUCGUGGCUUUGUCGAGGAACCCGUUACGCCCAAACCCAUUGGCUUCAAAGUGCAAACCAUGAUGCCAAGUGGCGAGGAAUUCGUAAAGAAAGCCAAUAAGAAACGUAAGCGUGCGGAGCGAGACAUUCCCGAGCCCAGUCGUCUGCCACCGAAACCUGUCUGGACCGCAUCUGGUGCCUUUGAAGAGAUUGAUGUCAAUGAUUCGUCUGAUUUUAUCCCGUUAUCGACCAAGGCACGUUCAGCUACGCAAUUCGGUGUUUCUGUACUAAACAAAAAACAGACGAAGGAAAACACGAAUGGAGCAUCAAAUGGGCUUUCGAGCUUCAAGAUGAAGGCUUUGUACAACGACAAGGCUCGCAUGCGAGAGUCCAGUAAAGAUAUCGCCCGCAAAUUGAAAAAGCAGAAACUCCACAAGAAAUUCUCAGCCUAGAGACCUUUCGUUUUGUGGAAGCAAAAACCGUACCUAGUUAAUGUUACUGUUAAGUUUUUUACACGAUGAGUGUUAGUUUUUGAUAGAUAAGCGAUCGAAUUACUUUUAGGAUGCAUUGAAUGCAGUGCCACACGAAAAUCAAACAAAAACGAUGAAAAAUCAAUGGAUUUAUAUUGGCGCGAAAAAAAAUGUCAACGUGAUUUUUCAUCUGAAACAUGCCUAAAUUACAAAUUUUUUGUGAUUAAAUAAACUCUAGAAUACUUUU